AUGCUGUCAGAAAUCCAGUUAGUGAAAGAUGAAAUCAGUGAGAACAAGAGUAACAAGACAUCCAUCUGGAAAACUGUCCGACAUUGCUUAAACCCAUGCGGUAAUUCAACCACCGCUUACUCACGCGACUGUACAGAGAUUGCCAACGAAUUCAAUCUGUUCUUUACAUCAGUUGGCGAAGCUGCUGCAAAACAAGCCCAGAAAUUGGCUAUAGACUACGAACUAGAAGCUGUUGCCCCUACCAAUUCUAUCAUUGAGGAAUGCGUGGAUGGCAUUGCCCCGUUUCUGUUCAAUUGCGUUACACAGGAACAAGUAAGAAACAUCAUCAUGAAUAUGCCGACAAACAAGGCUCCGGGGUAUGAUAAAGUUGGUAUGAAAGUUCUCAAGAUGUGUCUCCCUUCCAUCUUACCUGUAAUUACAGACAUGUUUAAUACAUCACUUUCAACUGCAUGUUUCCCGAAGGACUGGAAACAUGCUGAGGUAGUGGCGCAUCUAAAAGAGGGGGACCAUGAAGUAGCCGGUAAUAAUCGUCCCAUCUCUCUACUACCAGUAAUGUCAAAGGUUUUGGAAAGACUAGCACAUGACCAAUUUGUUGAUUAUCUAACAACCAACAACAUGCUCUCUGAUCACCAGAGUGGAAAUAAGAAAUGCCAUUCAACGGAAACGUUGGGAAUCCUGUUCACUAGUCAUCUUUACAGGGCUAUCGACGAGAAAAAGGUGACAGCCGUUCUUAUGUUGGACUUGAGCAAAGCGUUUGAUAGCAUUGACCAUCGGAGAUUGCUAGAUAAACUACGAAAGUUCAAUAUUCCUGAUCUAACCUUGGCAUGGUUUCAAAGCUACUUAACUGACAGAACACAAUGCGUACGUAUUCAAAACUCUCUUUCGGAUUCUUUACCAAUCAAACAUGGAGUUCCACAGGGGUCUAUCCUGGGACCCCUGUUGUUUAAUCUCUACAUAAACGACUUACCAUCAGUCUGCCAGACUUGUAACGUUGAAUCUUAUGUAGAUGAUUCAAAACUUUAUAUCUCAUUUUCGAAUAAGGAUGUAAAUGGAGGCCUUGAUAACCUUAGACACGAUUUGAAUCGAGUUGCUUCAUGGUGCUGUGAGAAUCAUCUUCUUAUAAAUCCUGGUAAGACAGAGUUCUGUGUGUUUGGCUCUAAUAGAAUGCUAGCGAAGACAAUUAUCCCGCCGAUAACGUUUCUAGGGAAGGAAUUACCUGUCGUUGAUUCGGUGAAGGACCUCGGAAUGAUAAUAGACAAACAUUUAUCAUUUAACGAUCACACAGACGCUUUAACAAGCGAUCUUAUGGGCAA